GACAGACUACUGCCACGCUGGCUGGCUAGGUUGCUCUGAGAAUUGCUACUAAGAUAGAUGCAAGAAUAUAGAGAUACUUUAACAGAUUAUUGAAUUUAAUUUGGUCUUUGAAAAUAUUGAUAGAACCUGCACAAGAGAAGAGAAAGGCCAUUUCUGAUGACACACUGGGUAAAAUGGAUGGAGGCAAUCAGUCUGUGGUGUCAGAAUUUAUACUUUGGGGACUUUCACAGUCACAGAAACUUCAGGUCUUACUCUUUGUGAUCUUUUUGAUACUUUAUUUCUUCAUUGUGUCAGGAAAUAUUGUCAUCAUGCUCUUAAUUACCACUGACCACCAUCUCCAUUCUCCCAUGUACUUCUUGUUGGCCAACCUGUCCUUUGUUGAUAUGUGGCUUUCCUCUGUUACUACUCCUAAGAUGAUUUCAGACUUUCCAAGGGAAAACAAGACCAUUUCCUUUGAAGGCUGCAUGUCCCAGAUUUUUUUUGCCCAUUGUAUUGCUGGAGUAGAGAUGGUGUUGUUGGUGGUAAUGGCUUAUGACCGCUAUGUGGCCAUCUGCAAACCACUCCACUACUUCACCAUUAUGAACCUGAAAAGAUGCACUGGGCUGGUGUUCAUUUCUUGGACUACUGGCCUUAUACAUGCCACAAGUCACCUGGUAGAGAUUGUGGAGCUGCCUUUUUGUGGUCCCAAGGAAAUAGACAGCUUUUUUUGUGACAUGCCUUUGGUAAUUAAGCUAGCUUGCUUAGAUUCCCAUGAUUUGGAUAUUUUAAUGAAUGCUAACUGUGGGGUUGUGGCUGUAAUCUGCUUUAUUCUGUUACUCAUUUCCUACACAUAUAUUCUUACCAACGUUCUCCAGAGUUCCAAAUCUGGUGCAUCUAAGGCUCUGUCCACAUGCACUGCUCACAUCACAGUGGUGAUGAUAUUUUUUGUGCCUUGCCUUUUCAUUUAUGUAUGGCCACUCAAUAUUAUCUGGUUGGAUAAAUUUCUUGCUGUAUUUUACUCUGUUUUUACACCUCUCCUAAACCCAGCAAUUUAUACACUGAGAAACAAAGAGAUUAAAAAUGCUAUGAGAAGAUUCCUAAGCAACUACCUUUUCAAAGGAAAUCCCUAAUACUCACAAAUGUAAACUAAUUACUUUAAAUAAGGAGUCUGACUGUAUGAAAUAGAUUUAAAAUCAGUAAACAAAACUGUGUCUCAAUUUCUCUAUAUGGAUAUAAUUUAAUAUUUUAAGGAGAAUAUGACAUUUAAUGCCUAACCAUCUAAUGUGAAUUCUUCAUCUUAAAGCUCUGUACAAAUGCCCCAUGUGUACAGAAAUGUCUUUAAAAUAUUCUUCCAAGUCUUUAAUAAAUUUUAGCUUUACAUCUAUUGAGAAAACUCAUAUGUUUAUUUUCUGGUUAACAUCUUAUUAAAUUUUACCUUAGUAUAAUUCUGUGUACCAUCACAUGACCCAAAUUGUUCAAAUUCUUUGUCAAUGACCAAAGUCAAACCUCUUGCUUUAUCCCAGCUUUCUAGCAAAACACUAAUGCAGUAGGCAGAAUAAAUUAAGAAGAGAAGUAGAAGUUAUUACUUCCUAAAACAGGAAUGGAGUAUACUUUGUGUUUUUAUUUUAAAUCAGAUGCAUAAAGUACAAUAGUAAAACAUAAAAAUAAAGUUUGAAAUGAUAUUGCUAAAUUAUCUCAA